UGGGGUACCAGCCGGAUUGCGGCGCGGGUCGAGGAGCUACUUCUGCCCGCUUGCAGCCCGGUGAUGCCUUACCAGGGCGGGGACCAGACGGAGGAGUGGGUUUGGAGGUCAUUGGGCAGGAAGCAGGACUGGGCCGAGGACAUCAGAAGAUUUUUUGACGUGCUUCCUACAGCAAAGAAGGCUGGGAAUGAGGCUUUGGAAAAGAACAAAAUGAAAAAUGUUGGCAAAGGGUCGUUAAACAUGAAGAAAACUGAUGUCAAGAGAAAGGACCCCUCCAAUUCAAAAGCAUCAAAACAAAAACCAGUGCACAGGAAAAAACACAUUAUUUAUGAUUCAGAUUCUGAACCAGAAGCUUCGCCUCCAGAUAAGAAACUCAAGAAAGGGUCGUCAUCCUCUAAACCUACAAAAUCCUCCAAAUCAGAGCCUGUAACUGUGGUUUCUGAAACGGAUGAAGAGGAUGAUUUUCUGCAAAGUAGGAAGAUGAUCCAAAAAUCCAGGGAAAAUGGUGGUCAUCCAGGGACAUCAGGAUCUGGAAGGACCACCAAUGUGAAAUCACAGCUCAAGCCAGUGCAGCCCAAACCAGCAAGUCCAGUGAAAUUCACCGCUAUAUCAGUUCAAGAUUACUUCGGCUCAAACAGUGUGCAAAGAUCCAGUAAAAAACUGGUGGCUAGCAAAAGGAAAGCACCUCCAGCCAGUCUUGAUUCUACUGUGGAUGACGAAGAGUUAGCUCGCCAGUUACAACUUGAUGAAGAUGCAGAGAUGGAACGGCAGCUGCAUGAGGAUGAAGAAUUUGCUAAAACAUUGGCAAUGUUGGAUGAGCUGCCAAAAAGCAAAAAGGCACGGGCAGAUCCUGAAAGCCAGGAGUUAUCGUUAUCUUUGGUAGUAAAAGCUGAACCUAGAAAAUCGGCAGAUGAGCAGACAGCAGAACACUCAGCCAAGAUGUUGAGUGAUGUUGAUAAUGUGAAGAACUGCAGUGAAAAGUUCAGUAAAUCACAGAACACAAGGAUUUCUACUCAACUGUCAUCUGAAUCUUCUAGUAAUGUAGAAAAAUCACUUCAUAAAGUAUCUCCAUCUAAAAUAAGUGCAAAAUUGGCCAACAUGAAACGUAAUGAAGAAUUGGUGCGAGUAAAAGGGGACAGUCCAACAAAGCCAGUCCGAGAGAAGAGAACUUCACCGAGGAAAGAGAAAACCCUUUUUUCAAAGAAAGAAGCAAAGAUUUCUCCCAAAAAAGAGGAAAAAGCUAAUUCUUUAAAGAAUGGAAGUAAAAGGAUUUCUCCAAAGAAGGAAGAACAGACUGUUUCACCGCAGACAAAGGAGAAAGCAUCCCCAAACAAGUCUGAGAGCCCUGAGGAUUCUGAAAAGAAGCGCCACAAUUACUUGGCUUAUCGUAGCUUUCUAAAUCGUGAUGGGCCACGAGCUUUGGGUUCAAAAGAAAUCCCUCAGGGAGCUGAGAACUGCUUGGAAGGGCUUACAUUCGUCAUUACAGGAGUCCUUGAAUCCAUGGAGCGCGAAGAUGCUAAAUCUUUAAUCGAGCGUCACGGAGGAAAACUAACUGGAAAUGUCAGUAAGAAAACAAGUUACCUGGUGACUGGUCGAGAAGGCGGGCGGUCAAAACUGGACAAAGCAGAGAGUUUUGGAACAAAGCAAAUCGAUGAAGAUGGACUGUUGGAUCUGAUUCGUAGAAUGCCAGGAAAGAAGUCCAAAUAUGAGACUGCUGCUGAAGAGGAGGUUAGAAAGUCAAAAUCCAAAGUGCAAGAAGCUGCCAAGUUGGCAAACAAAGGUGAGCAUGUUAAGAACAGCUCACCACCAUUGAAGAGACAAACAGAGCAUAAAAAGAGUGGUUCUUCAGCAGAGAAUGGAGAAUCCUCACAAUGUAAGAAGAGUACGUUACUAGGAACAGAAGCUUCCACCAAUAGUUCUGCCCUGAUAUGUGAUCGUUGGAACCCAGCUUCAGAGAAGGAGGUGCAGAGUUUGCUGUGGGUGGAUAAGUAUAAGCCUGCAAUGCUGAAGAAUUUAAUCGGACAACAAGGAGAGCAGAGUUGUGCAAAUAAACUGGUCCGUUGGCUGAAACAAUGGCGUGUGAACAAUGCUGGGAACAGCAAACCUGCAGUGAAAUUCAACAAAUUUGGUGGGAAGGACGAUGGUUCAAGCUUCAAGGCUGCUCUGCUGUCUGGUCCUCCGGGUGUAGGUAAAACAACCACAGCUACUCUAGUAUGCAAGGAACUGGGAUACAACUAUGUUGAACUCAAUGCCAGUGACACUCGCAGCAAGAACACUUUGAAAGAAGUGAUAGCAGAAUCACUGAACAACACCAGCAUCAAAGGCUUCUGUUCUGGAACUGCAUCGUUAGGUCCCAAACACUUGUUAAUCAUGGAUGAGGUGGAUGGGAUGGCUGGUAAUGAGGACAGGGGUGGAAUACAGGAGCUGAUUUCUCUCAUAAAGCAGACCAAGGUUCCCAUAAUCUGUAUGUGUAAUGAUCGGAAUCAUCCCAAGAUACGGUCUUUAGCAAAUUACUGCUUUGAUCUCCGUUUCCAGCGGCCUCGAGUAGAACAAAUUAAGGGUGCAAUGAUGACUGUUGCUUUUAAAGAAGGCUUGAAGAUUCCUCCUCCAGCUAUGAAUGAAAUUAUACUUGCAGCCAGUCAAGAUAUCAGACAGAUCCUGCACAAUCUCAGUAUGUGGUGUGUAGAAAACAAGACUCUGACAUACGAUCAGGCUAAAGACAAUGGCAAGAAGACAAAGAAAGACAUUAAACUGGGUCCCUUUGAUGUUGUGAGGAAAGUGUUUUCUGCUGGAGAGGAAACUGCCUCCAUGAGCUUGAUUGACAAGUCAGAUCUCUUCUUCCACGAUUACUCUCUCUCACCACUUUUUGUUCAAGAAAACUACCUGCAUGUGAAGCCAGCAGCCUCUGGAUCAAACCUCAAGAAGCAUUUAAUGCUGUUGAGUAAGACAGCAGAUAGUAUCUGUGACGGAGACCAUGUUGAUAAACAGAUCAGAUCUCGGCAGGUGUGGAAUCUACUCCCUACUCAGGCAAUAUAUGCAAGUGUGAUUCCUGGUGAAUUGAUGAGAGGUUACAUGUCACAAUUUCCAACUUUCCCAAGUUGGUUGGGGAAAUUUUCAUCCACUGGCAAGCAUGAACGUAUUGUCCAGGAACUUACCAGGCAUAUGUGCCUAAGGACACAUGCCAGCAAGCGGGCAGUAAACUUGGAUUACCUUCCUUUUCUGCGGGAUGCCCUGGUGCGACCCCUUUCACUUCAGGGAGCGAAUGGUGUUCAGGAGGCUGUUGAAACCAUGGAUGCGUAUUAUCUUCUGAAGGAGGAUGUGGAUUGUAUCAUGGAGAUUAAUAGCUGGGGUGGUCGGCCUGAUCCAUUCUCCAAACUAGACCCGAAGGUAAAAGCUGCAUUUACUCGCACCUAUAACAAAGAGACACAUUUGACUCCAUAUGCUCUGCAAGCCAUAAAGAAACUGAAAUAUGGGAGUGGUGCUGGAUCGUCUCUGGACUCUGAGCUUAAUGAGGACUUGCAGAUAGAGGAUGCACAUGCAGAUGAAGCUGAGGAUAACUUAGAAAUGGAUGGAAUGAUUAAGCCAAAGAAGUCUAAAGCAUCAAAGAGCAGAACAGAAGAAAAAUUGCCACAGCUGAAAGGAAGAAAGGAUAAGGGAAAGCAAAGAGCAACAAAAUGAUUUUGCCUUGAGACUGUCUGCAGGUCUGCUAAUGGACUGUAGUGACCAGGCUUAAUACCUGGUGCUUGAUGCAAUUUAUUUGAGUGCAGUUUUCUUUUGUCUUAAAAAGAAAAUUAUUUACAAACUUUCUCCUGAAGUAAAGGUGUAUGUAUUUUUCUGUAUAUAUGCAAUACAAAACUAUCCUUUUUAGGUAUUUUUGAAACUGUAUAUUAACAUGACGUGACACAGGCUUUUUUUUUUGAAUAAAGUAAUUUUUGCAGAGUCAUCUGCAACGGUAAGAUGAGCCCUGUGUUGCUUCCUGUACACACUUAACUGGAAAUAGUUUAGAAGACCAGAGGAUUAACUGGCCUAUUCCCUGUAAAGGCCCAUUGGAAACUGCAGAAGCAUUGUCAUGUUUUUGUUGUGGCCCUUCAUUCCAGAACAAGAGCAAUGCAGUGAAGUCAUGUUAGUAGUCUUGAGUGAAUUGUCCUUUAAGCCACAAGUUAUUCAGACUCAGUUUUGCACUUUAUAUUUGAGAAAUUUAACUAGCUUAGUAGCUUUGUUUCUUAUAGGAAAAAAGUGUCAUGCUUUCAUUAGAUUGAAGUUGGUAACUUGGUAAGAGCUCUUUGGUUUAUUUUAGACCAAUUGGGUGAUUUUUCUGCUUGGAGUUUAAUUUGGGCUGAUGUAUAUUGUUAUCAACCACAUGGAUGAUAAAGUACACAUAGGUUGGUGUGAGCAAAGAAGCGUAUUGAUCAGGUAAACUUGGUUUGAUGCCAUAAUUCUGUAAUGUUUAACCAAGUGCUUGGUCUUGUCAGAUCGUGUAGGUCUUAUGCAGAAACUGACCAAUACUUAAAACACUUUUUAAUCAUUUGAAAAUCAAAGCAAGUUGAGGGACUUGCCUCCAAACCAUGAUCUGAAUUUUCUCAAUGUAUCGAUAAAGGACACCGCUUGAUAAAAAUGGGUUGUAUAUUAGCUAAGAACCAAUGUCUUACAAAGUCAGGUAAAUUUCACCUCUUGGACUAUGCAGUUGAAAUUAUAUGUUGAAAUACUGAUAACAUGUUAAUAUAAUAAAGAAGGAUUUACCAAAUUUACACUAAUUCAAAUUAUUUUAAUAAUACAUAAAUAGUACAUUUUGUGUAUGAGCAGCAGUGCUUCUAUUUCAAUAGAACUUUUAGCAUGCGUUAAAGGUAGCACAGGGAAUCUAAUUAAUGCCUCAUCUGGAGAAUGUUAUAUAUGAAUCGAUUAUUCAGUAUCUUGACUUGCUGGCAAAAGUGAAAGAUUCCAUAUGAAAAUGGCAGACAGGUUAUUUUAUUGCUGGUACUAUGCAGUGUGACUAAUAGUGAGAAUGAGAAAAAUAAUUCCUUUGGAAGAUGAGCUAGUAUUUAAAUAAAUUUGAAAAACAAUGCAAAUAUUAUAAGUAGUUCAAUUUAAAGAUAACCAUACAAUAACUGCUACUGAAGGGAGCAUUGUUUUCUAAAAUGAUAUUGGGUACGUUAACCACAGAACACUUUUUCAGAGCAUGUCUGCAGUGUUCAGAGAAGUUUUGAGUAUUAGUCUUAUAGAACUUGGCUUAAGAGAUCACACAUUGUAGAAUACCUGACACAACUAAAUGGUAAUCAAGAUUGUACGAACAGAAAUACAAAUAAAAAUAAUGGUUAUUUUGUUUUUAAAUUUAAGCAAGAUUGCUUAAGUAACAUUCAAGCAGAAAUCUGAAGUUUCUUUCAAGCACAUGUAAUUUUGAAGUUUAAAAUUAUUGCAAAGUUAAAGUUUCCAGAGAUUCCAUACAAAAUUUUAUUACAAUGCUAUUUUGCGUAAUGGUGAUUUAAUUCAAGAAGUAAUGUUUGUCUACAUUUUGUAAAUCACUUUAUGGCACUUUUUGUAAAUCCUUUUGCUUCAGUCCUUUAAAUGGAAUAAUGCUGAAUUCUAAAUGUGGUCUAUCCAAGGUAAUGGUUAAGGUUCGCUGGUCUUCACUUCAUUUUAAGGAAAUACUUGGAUUCAUUUCAAUUAAGAAUUAAUCUCUUCCCCCUCCCACCCCACCAAAAAUAAUCAGUAUUGUUAACUUCCCAUAAUUUAUGUUUGCAUUCUGCCUUUGCUACUUUACCUACACAUAAAUAACUUUUCAAAGAAUGACCACAUUGCUACUUUAUAAGGAGUUUCAUAUGCCUGUUUCAAACCUCCUCUGUGCAUAUCAAUAUCUUCCUCUAUUUUUUCUACAGCCUGCUGUUAUAACUCAUCAUUUUGGUGUUGAGAGCACUUCAUAGCUGAGUCCAUAAUUUUUGAUCUUGGCAGUGAACAAUAAUGUUGUAAGAGUUGAUCCCUGUGGAACACCAAUUCCCACUAGUUUUAAAAUCUGCUUUCUAGCCUGUUCUUUCCAGUUUGCUACUUUGCCUUUUGUGUUCUGAGUUUUAACUAUGAGUCCAAAUCACAGUACCUUUGUAAAGGAUUUGUGGAAAUCUAAACGAUAUACGUAAUUUCCCUGAUCAAGUCUCACUGUUACAAAUAAUUUGCUGUAGUAGCCAUUUUGUCCAUUGCAGUGUUAUUUUUAGCUCUUAGAUUUUGUGCUUUUUUUUUUGUUCUCCAGAAGUUUCCUUUGCUGAAGUGUUUUUUAUAUAACAGGCCAGGCAUGUAUUAACUUUCAAGAUUCAUAGUCCCUGAUGCAGGCACAAAUCUAUUAUGAUUGCUGUAGCUGACUUUAAAUGCGUUUAAAUUGGCUUUCUGGCUCAGUCCUCCACUAGUUGUGAAAGAUCUUCAGAGAAACAGGCAUUUAAAACUCUUAAAUAGGCACAUAGAUAUUAGAAAAAUGGAGGGUUAUGGCUGUGCAGGAACGAAGGACUGAAUUAAUUGUGCCAACCAUUAUAUAAACCUACCUCACAUCAUUAGCUGAAGGGCCCAACUGUUCUCUGCUCUAUGAAACUGCACAAGAUCGGCAAAUAUCGUGUCAUAAUCUGAGUAACCACUGCCCCUGAAAUGUAGCAGCACUGGCACAGCAUUGACAGGAAACUCAACAGCACCAGCCAUAAAAGUACUGUAGCUUCACAGGUUGGGAACUAUCCUGGUACAUUUCCCACAUUUGAGGUACGUCAGGGUUUUGAUUGAAAGCUCCCCACUUGUCUGAAGGAGUGCAAUUUCAACAACAUCGCAGGAUCCUAAAUAUUCACCCUCCUUUAUUAGUGGGGUGGCUGCAAUGGGCACUUAUUUAUAAAAUGCUCUUUAAAUACUUGCCCAGACUGCUCCAACAGUACCUCCACAAGUGCUGCUUCAAUACAAGGCAACGGGUUGGGGGAGCAUCACCAUCUGUGUGUUCCAGUUCCCACUCCUUUGUUGACCUUGUGUGACUGUACCUGUGUUACCAUUGGGUCUAAAUCCUGAAGCACUCCAUCUAACAGUAGUUUGGGAGAAGCCUCAGCAGCGAGGUACGCACACGAGGCUGCUUAAAAAGAUAAUGCCAUGGGCUCUUGCAGGAAAGCUACUAGCAUUGGUAAGAGCAUUGGCUGAAUGGCAGGAGCCAUAGAGUGGAAAUAAAGGAGCCUUUUCUGAUUGGCUGCCUGUGACUAGAGGUGUUCCACUGGGGGUCAGUGUUUGGACCGCUUUUCCUUACAUUGUAUGUUAAUGAUUUGGAUUACAGAAUGGAUGGUUUUGUGGCCAAGCUUGUAGAUAAUACAAAGAUGGGUGGAGUGGCAGGUAAUGUUGAAGCAGAGAGUCUGCAGAAGGACAGAUUAGGAGAAUGGGCAAAGAAGUGGCAGAUUGAAUACAGAGUCAGGAAGUGUAUGAUCAUGCACUUCGGUUGAAGGAAUAAAAGCAUAGACAGUUUUCUAAACAGAGAGAAAAUUCAAAAAUCCAAGGUGCGAAGGGACUUGGGAGUCCUCGUGCAGGAUUCCCUAAAUGUAAUCUGCAAGUUGAGUCUGUGUUGAGGAAGGUAAACGCAAUGUUAGCAUUCAUUUCAAGUGGACUAGAAUAUAAAAGCAAGGAUGGAAUGCUGAGACUUUAUAAGGCACGGGUGAAGCCUUACUUAAGAGUAUUGUGAGCAGUUUUGAGUCCCUUAUUUAAUAAAUAACGUGUUGACAUUGGAGAGAGUUCAGAGGAGGUUCAUGAGAAUGAUUCUGGGAAUGAAAUGCUUAUUGUGUAAGCAACGAUCUUUACUUGCUUGGUAUUUAAAAGAAUGGGGGUGAGGGGGGGUAUUUGAAUGUUGAAAGGUCUUAAAAGUGGAUGUGCAGAGGAUGUUUAGGACCAGAGGGCACAGCCUCAGUAGAGGGAUCUCCAUUUAGAAUGGAGAUGAGGAAUUUCUUUAGCCAGAGAGUGGUGAAUCUGUGGAAUUCAGUGCCACAAGGUGGCUGUGAGUGUAUUUAAGGUGAAGGUUGAUAGGUCCCUGAUUAGUCAGGGCAUGAAAGGAUACAGGGAGAAGACAGGAGAAUGGGGUUGAGAGGAAAAUGGAUCGACCAUGAUGGAGCAGACCCAAUGGGCUGAAUAAGCUAAUUUUGCUCCCGAGUUGUUCAAGAUAGCAGCUCACUGUGAUCUUCAAGGACAGUUGGAGUGGUCAAUAAAUGAUAGGUGGAAAUUAAUUAUUUUGUAUAUGUGGAAAUGAGUCAAUAACUAGACACCUAGGAUUGAAAACUUGUCAGAUAAAGUAGAUUGUAGAGCAUUAUAUUAAAAAAAAAUCAUGAACUUAUUUACAGACUACCUAUAAAUAGUAGCUUUAUGGUCUGAACAUCAGUUGGAAAUACUGGGUCAGCAACCAGCUUUAAGGCUGGCUGUGUAACCACAAUGGAGUGAUCAGCUACUUGAUUUAUCACUUCUAAAUACUUUGAAGAUGGGGAUUUAUUCACUAUGGCCAGGAUUUAAGGGAGGUUUUAAAGUGAUCCUCUUGUCAGCUAAGCUGAGUUGAAAAGAUUCAUUUGUGCUAAAUCCAUGCCUGCAGUCUAUUCCCUAAUAUGCAGCGCCAGCUUCUCAACUAAUUAGUUUGGUACACUGACAGGAAUUGCAUUGUAAUAUUUCUUUUUGUCUUGUAUAACCUUGAGGGUGAGCUACCAUACAACCCACUCAAAAAGGCAGUUUAUGACAGUGCAGACUGAGAUUGUAAUGGAUAGAGAUAGUAUCCUAAAGGUUGAAAUCGCUCUACUGUUAUGUUUAAGUCAAUAUUAAAUUACCCAUCAUGCAUUUACUAAAAACUUUAUUAAAAUUUUAAUAUAUAAUAUAAAUUUAUUCUGCAUUUCCUCAGUGGUUAUAUACAGUUUCUGGACAUAAAUAUUUAAAAAAAGAAACUAGUAUAUUAAACUAAACUGGUAGUAGUGUGUCAUACUUGUUGUCUUGAGUGUCUCCUGCUAAAUCUGCAAAAUAACCAGAACAGUGGAAAUUACUUUGACCUUUUGAGCAGUAAACUGAUAAUUGAACAUUGAUUUAGAGUUCAGAUAUUGCUUUAAUUAUUUCUUUAGAUUGAAAGUAAUUUCUCCAGAGCCUGCUUGUUACAAUUAAUUUUAUAUCUCAAUUGUAAGUAGAACUGAAUUCAUUAAAGAAAAUUCUUCGGA